AUGACCACUGGUAUAAGGAUAAGGAAAGCGGAUCGUUGGGGCGUUGUAGGACAUGCUGACCGUCCGGCCAGCGCAUUCCUUACAACUAUAAGCGCAUCGAAAGGCCUUCCUCCGAUAGAGCUGCCGCAAUCGACAUCGGACUACUACAGCGACCUCGUCACUGUGUCCAGCAAAGUUUAUGGCGAGGUUAAGAAGUCUGGUCCUCUGCCCGCGGAACGCUAUGCCGAGAAGCUUUUUAACCAGAGCGCCUUCCGUGACUGGCUACUACUCAAGGUGGAGAACGUCACGGUGCCAGCGCCCAUGUCCUACAGAUGCGGCGUCUUUGUCAACCACGACUACAAGCUGAUCUUCAUCCGCAACCGCAAAGCAGCCUCGACGACCGUGUUAGACACAUUCAAGACCGCGUGCAAAUCCCAGAAAGUCAUGUGUAUGAAGCACGAAAUCCAUGGGCCCGCGCGGCAAGCGGAUACGAUGACGCGCAAGACAGGUGGCCGGGGCCCCUGGGGUUUGUCUCUUGUUUCCAUCGUUGUGGUUCCGCAGCCGGUGGGAUGCUUCACCUCGAGACGAUUGAGGCGAUUGGUGAUACCACAUGGUGUUACACCGCACACAGGGGAAAGAGGGGUGGGAGGCGGCGGGGGAGGGCAGCUGCAGGACGACCUGUGGAAGGGCGAGAGUGGAAGGCCCCCGACCCUUCCCCCGGACCCCGCCUCCAGUGGAAAACGGUGCCACCAGACGGCGUCUGCAGCCAUAGCUGCUGCGGAGGCGCUGGCUGAUGGCAUGAGGUCAUAUUGUCCAAGUAAGGGGCGCCCAGCACCCCUUCGGCGGCACCACUGCGAGGGGCAUCAGGCUCUCGUAGUCCAGUUUCAAUGGUUGCCGGAGGGAGACCAAUGGAAGGCUAUCUGCGAGGAUCAGAAGGCCCUCCAUCAAAAGCCUAUCACCAGCAUAUCUGCGCUUAAUCACACGCUGGAAGGGAUACUGCAUAUGAUAACCAUUUGUGGCGAGGCCGUACAGAUCUGGGACGCUGGAGAUCUGGAGAUCGUCCGGACGCUAUCCCUGCCAAUCGGUGGAGUUGUUGGGUUCGUGGAGGGGCAACCAGAACACAAGGUUUACUUGAGCCAGGUACGUGGAUCUGCUGCGACAGAGGACGGUGCAAGGGCUGUCGUCAUUGCACAGUCAAAUUGUGUCGUCAUCUUCGACAUCACGGGGAAUACACCAAAGGUAAUGCACACGCCCAGAGCUCCAGGGAAGCUGGACGUGUGUGCAAUUAGCCACGCUGCAGGCAGGGUGGCUGCAACCAGCGGUGAAGAUGGUGCGCUGUAUGGUUGGGACAUCAAGACAGGGAAGCUGUGCUACAGCACCAAGUUUGGAGUGCAGGGUGGCCGAGACAUAAUCGAUCAUGAUAAGGGCAUCUCGUACCCGCGCUAG